AUGGACAAAAUUCAAAUCCGCACGAUUUUCUUGUUCCAUUUCAAACUAGGCCAAAAAGCUGCCGAGACAGCUCGUGAUAUCAAUGAUGCUCUGUUGAUAUCCAUCUAUCUAUCUAUCUCUGCUAGUCUGUUGAUAUCCAUCUAUCUAUCUAUCUAUCUCUGCUAUCUGUUGAUAUCUAUCUAUCUAUCUAUAUGUGCUAGUCUGUUGAUAUCUAUCUAUCUAUCUAUAUGUGCUAGUCUGUUGAUAUCUAUCUAUCUAUCUAUAUGUGCUAGUCUUUACUUCUUUGCUGGUUUGCUUGACCACGAAAAGUUAACUCUUCUUUUCUCUCACUCUAUUUCAUUCUGUUCAUAUCUAUCUAUCUAUCUAUCUAUCUAUCUAUCUAUCUAUCUGAGUCUGUUCAUUAUCUAUCUACCUGAGUCUGUUCAUAUCUAUCUAUCUAUCUAUCUAUCUAUCUAUCUAUCUAUCUAUCUGAGUUUUUUAUCUAUCUAUUCAUCUAUCUAUCUAUCUAUCUAUCUAUCUAUCUAUCUGAGUCUGUUCAUUAUCUAUCUAUCUAUCUAUCUAUCUAUCUAUCUAUCUAUCUAUAUAUCUAUCUAUCUAUCUGUGUAA